GGCCCCGCCCCCCGGCCCUAUAUAAAGGGGUACUUGGCGCGCUCUGACCCCAAGCAGCUGGUCCGAAGCAGUAAGCAGCAGCAGCCAGGAGGCAGUGUCAGCGGAGGAGUUGGCGACAGGAGCAGAGGGCACCUGAAGCCAACCCAACCCAACUCAACCCAACCCAUCCCUACCCAGCGAUCGAGUGAGUGAGCCGGCUUCAUCCCCUCCCAGCGAGAGCCCGUUCUCCCCAAGGCUCUUUGGUGGACGCUGAGCCCCUGCGGGGCUAGGGUGUUGGCCUUGCUGAUCUAGUCUCCAAAGCUGAAGCAGACCCCAGUGACCUGGAAGGUAAGAUGCUUGGCCAGGCCCUAAGGCGCUUCGGGCAGAAGCUUGUUAGGAGGAAGGCCCUGGAACCAGGUGUGGGGGAGAGCCGCUUUGCCCGAUGCCUGAGCACCCUGGAUCUGGUGGCCCUAGGUGUGGGCAGCACAUUGGGUGCAGGUGUCUAUGUGCUGGCUGGUGAAGUGGCUAAGGACAAAGCUGGCCCGGCCAUUGUAAUCUGCUUCCUGGUAGCUGCCAUGGCCUCUGUGCUGGCUGGGCUCUGCUAUGCUGAGUUUGGGGCCCGAGUCCCCCGGACUGGCUCAGCUUACCUUUACAGUUAUGUCACUGUGGGGGAGCUCUGGGCCUUCACCACCGGCUGGAACCUCAUCCUUUCCUAUGUCAUCGGUACUGCCAGCGUGGCUAGGGCCUGGAGCUCUGCCUUCGACAGUCUGAUUGGGAACCACAUUUCAUUGGCCCUCCGGGGUACUGUCUCUCUGCACGUGCCCCGAGUCUUGGCAGAGUACCCGGACUUCUUCGCCCUUGGCCUUGUGCUGCUGCUCACUGGGCUGCUGGCACUGGGGGCCAGUGAGUCAGCAUUGGUGACCAAGAUCUUCACAGGUGUGAACCUGCUGGUUCUGGGCUUUAUCAUUAUCGCUGGUUUCAUCAAGGGUGACACCCACAACUGGCAGCUCACACAGAAAGACUAUGAAGAAGAGGCCUCUGGACGUAAUGCCAAUCACAGCCUUGGAAGUUUGGGCUCUGGGGGCUUUGUGCCAUUCGGGGUAGACGGUAUCCUCCGUGGGGCAGCCACCUGUUUCUAUGCGUUUGUUGGCUUUGACUGCAUCGCCACUACCGGGGAGGAGGCCCGGGACCCCCAGCGCUCCAUCCCCAUGGGCAUCGUGGUCUCCCUGUUGGUCUGUUUCGUGGCCUAUUUCGGUGUCUCGGCUGCGCUCACUCUCAUGAUGCCAUACUACCUGCUGCAACCUGAGAGCCCCUUGCCAGAGGCCUUUGGUUAUGUGGGCUGGGCCCCUGCCCGAUACCUCGUGGCUGUUGGCUCCCUUUGUGCUCUCUCCACCAGCCUCCUGGGCUCCAUGUUCCCCAUGCCUCGAGUGAUCUACGCCAUGGCAGAGGAUGGCCUUCUGUUUCAGGCUUUUGCUCGAGUCCAUUCCCGGACACACACCCCACUUGUGGCCACGUUUGUCUCGGGCAUCACUGCAGCCCUGAUGGCGUUUCUUUUUGAGCUCAAUGAUCUUGUGGACCUCAUGUCAAUUGGGACACUGCUUGCCUACUCCCUGGUGGCCGUUUGUGUUCUCAUCCUCAGGUACCAGCCUCAUGAACUAAUACAGCCAAAGGUGGAUCAGGCCGUGGAACUGCAGUGGCCACAGGAGGAUAAGGAGGAGCCAGAGCCUGAGAAUGAGCUCCUGACCCUGCGGAGCCUACUCUGCCCAUCCCACUCUGUGCCCACCCAGCUCUCUGGUCAUAUUGUCUAUGUAGCUGUCUCCAUUCUUGCGGUGGUGAUGAUCAGCCUGUGCUUGGUGCUGGCCCACUGGGCAGAGCAGCUGAGGGCUGGGAACCCCACCUGGGUUACUGUGAGUGCCCUGCUCCUGGUGCUACUCAUCGUGACUGUUACCAUCAUUUGGAGGCAGCCCCAGAGCCCAACUAGUCUCCAUUUCAAGGUGCCCGCACUGCCUUUCCUCCCAGUACUGAGCAUCUUUGUGAAUGUUUAUCUCAUGAUGCAGAUGAAGGCUGGCACCUGGGCCCGAUUUGGGGUCUGGAUGGUGGUUGGGUUUGCCAUCUACUUCACCUAUGGGAUCCGGAACAGCCUGGAGGGGCAGAAUGAGCCAGCACCCUCGCCUCCAAACAGGGCCAAAACUCCAGAAGGCAGAAGCCCUGUUGCCCCUUCUAUCUGACUCCAACACCCUGGAGAUGCUGUCAGCACAACACUGGAGAUCACCUCUGUCUUUGUGUUCUUGCUCAACUCCUCUUCUUGGGUUAUAGGGGACUUGGGCUGCUAUUGGGCCAGGUGGGUCAUGAGGCCUGGGGAUGUCUCUUGUUGGGUCCCUGGAAGGGUAAGGGGCGUUCUUAUACAGAACUAUAUUUAUUGUGAUUGAAGGACUGGCCUUUGCUGUUUCUCGUCUGACCUUUUUUACUGUCUUGUCUGCUUUGUGAGCUUUUCGAAUUAAACAGAGGAAAAAUAAAA